AUGAACCGGUCAACCUGUCGAAAAAGUAAGCCCGAGAGUCGGCGCAUACGAGUGCGUCACCGGCCGCCGUCAUCGCGCGUGAAGACCCCGCUCCGCGCCCCCGUCACCCGCCCUUCCGCCACACCGGAGACGUCACGCGACUGCGCGUUAACACCAAAACGCGCUUACGCAGCUGCUGCCGCCAGCCGAACCGUCGCUAUCACGCAACUUGAGCGGAAAUCCACUCAUCCAAAGGCGAGUAGCCAAGACAUCCCUUCUGCAACUCCGACGGAAACACGUAACCGUAAUUGUGACGAAGAAGAGGAAGCCCACUCGUCGCAAUCUGGUGCUAACUCCCAUGGUCAACUAGGCUUAGGAGUUAUAAAUGAACAGGUUGAAAUUGCUUCUAUAGUUGAUAUUGAAUGUAUUGCAACUAAAAUAAAUCAAAUAUGCUGUGGAGGAGGUCACACUCUCCUCUUGGAUGGAGAAGGAAACAUUUUCUCCUGUGGCUGGAAUCAUAAGUUACAAUCUGGAACUGACACUGAUACACAUAAUUUUCAAAGAGUUUGGAAAUUAAGUGGCAUAAGAUUCAUCAAUAUUGCAUGUGGUUGGGACUUUAGCUGUGGUGUUACUGACGACCAAUUUCUUUUUGUCUGGGGCUCGAACAGUAACGGAGAGCUGGGUUUGCCUAAGUAUCAUUUUCCAGAAGUUGUUAGACCUGUUCGUUUGCAAAUAAAUGCUUGUGCUGUAUCAAUGGGAUUGAAGCAUUCUGCUAUAAUCAAUUCAAAGGGAGAAGUUUGGAUAACAGGGUAUGGACGACAUGGUCAAUUAGGUUUAGGAUCAGAGAUUUUAACUUCAGACAGAUUUCAAAUAGUACCAAAAGUUGGGAAAAUUUCUCACAUUGCUUGUGGGCAGAAUCACACCACUACUUGGAGUUCAGAAGAGAAAGCUUUAUAUGUUUGGGGUGAUAACAGGCAUGGUCAGUUAUUGCUUGAUAAAGAAAAAUAUAAAAAAGUAUUUACUCCUCAAAAAAUAGACAUUGAUGUCAAACAAGAAGUUAAAAAACUCUUGAGUGGAUGGACAAACUCAUUGUUAUGGCUGGAAAAUGGUACACUUGUUGCAUGGGGUAGAAAUGAUUAUGGACAGCUUGGCACAAGUGAAAAUAUUGUUGGAAAAAUAUUUCAAAUAAAGUUACCAGGUCAUCGCCAGGUGCAAGAUGUUGCUCUAGGAUCAGAACAUUCAAUAUGUUUAGCAACAGAUAAUACCCUCUGGUCAUGGGGUUGGAAUGAACAUGCUAAUACGGGAACUGGUAUCAAUGAAAAAAUAGUAUUUGCCCCUACUUUAGUUCCUCUACAGCUAGAUAAUAGUAUAAAAAUAACUCAAAUCUAUGCAGGAGGAGCUCAAAAUUUUAUAGUAACAACAGAAAUGGAAGAAAUUUAUGAAAAUAGCAUAACAUAGUAAAGCAGGGAUUCUAGUCAAAUCAACCAUUUAUUAUACAUUUUAAAGGUGCUGUUGAAAUAUUGUGAUGUAGCAUUAAUUUUUAAUUUUUUGUUGAUUUUCAUUGAAGUCAAUAAUUAUAUUAAGUAUACAAUUUCAUUACUAAUGGUAUCUUCCUAAAUGGUAGCUCCGUCCCUCUCCUCUCCCUCCAUCCCGCUCUCCCUCAGUAGUAGCCAAGUUGAUUUCACCAAUAUUUUCUUUUUGUGCUAUUAGAGUGUACGCUUCCUUAGCAAGACCAUACAC